GCACUGUUGCUUCGUCGUUGUUUCGAUCAGUGAAUUAAAACUUAGGGAAAUUGGAGUGUGCGCGGAUUUCCAAACUUAGGGAAAUUGGAGUGUGUGCGUUACGUCUUUAAAUCUGUUUUUCAGUUCAUAACUAUUGACAUUGCGUAGAUUCAAAUAUUAGAACAUAUUUUCUCAUACAAAUAUCAACAACAAGAAUCGCAGAGUAUCCUCGAAAUCAUUUUUAGUCAAACAUUGAAUUACUGAUCAUUUGUAGCUCUCACUGGACCGACUUUGAGAAUCAGAUCAUUACUCGUUCAGUGUCAGCCUUGCAUCAAUCAACGUGUUCCUUCUCCGGUAACCGGCGCUACCGUCUGUGUAUCUGUGCGAUUUUCCCAUUUCAAUGGAACAAAAUUAAGCUCAAUCAGCGAAACAGGACAACUGAAUAUGUGCACAAUACCCUGAAAAUAACUCCACGGUAGACGGCACAGAUAAAUUUAAAUCAAAUUAAAAAUAAACUUUCUUCACCGGCAAUCCGCUGACCGUCGAGACCGAUUGUGCAUACAUCUAGACGGGAUCGACUUGAACGGGUCAAAAAGAUCGUCAAACCAACUAAUAUUCAAUGCGGAAGGUAUGAUUAUCGAUUAGCUAGACAAGUGCGCGAAAUCGUCAGAACGCAAACACCACCUAGAGGCACGCUACCUGGCACACGCACCACUACUCACCGGAGGCAUUCGUAAACGAAUUGCGGUGCAUAAAAUCAUCGCCUGAAGAAACAACACAAGCGAAGGCCCUACUGGUGGCACCGAUGAAAGUCCAUUGAAAUGAAUCACACAACGGCCGACAGUGUAUCACCGUUGUUCAGUGGGUAACCAGCGACCAGCAAGAGUUACCGAAUAUGACUGUGGGUAUGAGCCGCCGUCGUCAUUCCACCGGUUCUGCCUGCAUCGACUUUACCGACACCGCCUUGUGCGUCGGCCAUCAUCGACCGAAUGGAGUUCCAGUAAACCUAUCAUCGCAUGCAGCCAACGAGAAGGCUUCAGUAUAGACCCAGAAGCGCACCGAAUCACAGCCAAGCGGCGGUGUGUAAGAAAAAAUAUCAGAAUCAAGAGAGCAUUUUUCGGGUUCGUGUUGCGGUUGUAUGGCUUGUAGAGAACGGAUUAUCGUAAAAUUAAUAAUACCGGGUUUACCAAGUUCCAAUUGAAAAAAAAGAGCGAGUGGCAAGUGAUAAGUUGAAUUCAAUAACUGAUAACGAGUGUUUUGUGGUGCGGAUUGAAAAAGUGAAAGAAGUAACGUAGUGUUGUAAGUAAAAAACACGGAGAGACAGAGAGAGAGAAGAAAAAAACGAAGGAAUAAUUAAAAAACAAUGAUGCCCAGGCUAGCUAGUGGAUUAGUGCUGAUUCUGGGAUUGAGUAUAUGCUUGCAGGCUGCAGCAAAAACCACCAGUGGAAGCAGAAGCAGUAGCAAUACCGACGACUAUCACUACCCCGACGAGUACGAUGAUGAUGAUGACGAUGACUACGACUACAACUAUAACUAUCAGGAUCAAAAUCCAAAAGCGAUCGCUGACAGUGAUAAAUUGUCAUCGACCAGUAGCACAACCAGCACUACAACUACCACAACCAGUGAAGCUCCACCGGUAAACAGCAAAACGACGGCUGACCCUCUGUGGAGCAACGAGGAUGCCGCCAUUGAAAUUUUUGCCUGUCCCCAAGAAUGUUCCUGUGAAGAUGGCACCCAGUUUCUCAAUUGUUCUCAGCGUAAACUAAUCGAAAUCCCUCGGGAUCUACCACACGAUGUCAUUAGGUUAGAUCUCAGCCGAAACAACAUCAAACAGAUUCCGGUUGACGCAUUCCAAAACUGUACCGAUGUACGGGAGAUUAUGUUGGAUCGAAAUGUAAUCGAAGAGAUCGACAAAGAAGUAUUCGCCGGAUUGAUUCGUCUGGAUCUGCUAGGAUUGCAAGGUAAUCAAAUUGCGCAUCUAACACCGGAUACCUUCGUGGGAGCACAGUCUUUGAGAAGAUUGGUUUUGAAUGAGAACCCUUUGAUUGUCCCCGACGAUGGACCAUUGUUGAUACAAGAAGAGCUAGAGGAGUUGGAGUUGGCUCGUUGUAACUUCACCGAGCUGAACCAUCAAACUUUCGGUGGUCUCGAUGGGCUAAAGUCACUGAAUUUGGCCGGAAACGAGUUUGAUGAGGAUCUCAGCACAGACGUUUUCGAACCACUGGUAAACCUCCAGCGGCUGCAUCUGCCUCCGCUGUCCGAAGACACCGUACGCGAUCUGUGUGACGUAAUCAAAUCCAUUGAUGUGGUAGACAUCACUACUCACAACAUCAGCUGUUUCUAUCUCGCUUCGGAAACGUCAUAUGAAGAAAGUAUCAUCACUCAACGUCCGAUCGCUCCUGAACCGAAAACAAAAGAUCCGGAUCAAGACGACGCCAGCAGCACAGCCAAACCGGAGAAAAAGGCGAUCACAGUGGAAAAAGAAUCCGAACCACCGCUUGUGAACGAGCUUCAAAGCACUACAGAAUCGACGACACAACUCACAUCCAGAAAAACAACCAGUACCUCGACUACCACAACGGUCACGACUAAGGCACCUCCCACUGUCAGUGGACCAUCGUCGGCCUCAAUCACCCAUUCGACGGCAGAGGAUGACGUCAAGAAGGAAUCUACUCCGGAGGCUGCCGCACCAUCCAUGCUCGCAGCGAUCAGUUCUGAAACGAUGAAGCACCUGUUGAUGGGCAUCAUCGGAGCGGGGGUGCUAAUUCUAAUGGCCGGUAUUGUAUGUAGGCGUACGGGACUGAAAAAUAAAUUUUGUGGCUCUAAGCGGAGGCCUGCUCCGACGGACCAGGUACGGCCAGCAGAAGAGGUUCCUUUGAAUAAGGUAUAAGAAUUUGAAAGGAUCGUAGACAUACGUCAUUUAUUUGCUAUGAAAUGUACGUGAUAGCUGUAUAAAAGUAUUAGAUUACGACUGUCGUCUGCCGAACUAGGAAUUGCGAAAACUUACGCAGCAGAAGUAGAUGACAAACACACAUAUGCUGAGAGAUUUGCUGAGCAAAUACUCCGGCCCAACUGCAUUUGUAAAUGUUAAUGGAUAAGCAGGUGUAAUACCAAAUAGAAGAAAUAAAUGGUGGCGCAACUCUCCGGGAUCUGCGGUAAUCACAUGUAUGUAUAAUGGUAAUAGGUAUAAAAGCAUUGUAAUACACGAAUACGAAAUGCUUUUUGUAAAUAUAGUAUAUGAGUGGACGGGCGCGUAAUAAAAAGUUGUGAAACAGUGUGACACAUCGCCUGACUGACUGACUGAGUGAUUCAAAGGAGUACAAGCGAAGCCGAAGGUUAACAUGACGUACGCAUGGAACACGAUCGAAAGAGGAAACGAUAAAUCUAACAGGCAGUUGAUAAGUAGAUUGUAAGUAAUGAGCAUCCACAUUUACCUACAUACACACAAACACUCACUGGAAGGUAAAACAUUCCUAAUUAAGGAAGAUAACAACUAAAAUGUGCACCAUGGAAACGAAUUAAGUCCAAACAAUUUUGCGAUAAGAGAUGGUUAGGAUUCACGAGCCAAUACGUGGAAACAAUUAGUUGUACACCAAAAAUGUAUCAAUGAAAUCACACGAUUUUGACAAACAAUUUUCAUUUUGUAUACAUUGUUUUGUAACACCUUUUAUAAACGAAAGAUAAAAAGUAUGUAAUAGUGAUUGUCAGUAUAUGAUAAAAGUAUAGUAGCAAUAAUGUAUCUAGUAGGGAAAACACAACCUUUUUGCUACAACAAUUCAAAGAAGCCUUGCGUGCAAAAUAAACACAAUUGUUCAUGAAUCUUUUGUGCAGAGAGUACGAUACAUUUGCAUUAUAAUCUAGUUAUCAUAAUUACAUUGAUAUUGGACCUUAGCUGAGGAAACGAGUUAGCUUGGAAUAAAUGCUUGAUCUUGUGGUAGAAAAAAA